GCAAAACAAUUAAACAUGUAUUUUUGCCGCUAUUCUCGUUAAUAAAAACUGUCCGUAAGAGGACGUUUGUCUAUGAAAUGAAUAUCGACACUACUUCAGCUCAAAUUAUAAAGAUAGGACAAACAAGGAGAUACCACUCUGCGCAGAAACAAACCACCAACGGUCCAUCUACGAAUUAGCGUCCUUUUUCCAGAGGCAGGGUCAAAGAGGUCCAGACACCCCUUACCCCAGAAACGCAUCCAUCUCUUCGGAGGGCUAGGUCGCCCCAGCACUCCCUCUCACUUUGAUAGGCCCAGAACACCCACUGUGGAGAGCCGAACAUGUUUCCAGAGCCACCACCACCUCUAAAGCAGCGGUUCAACUCCAGGAUGACUGAGCCCCACACCUUAUUUCUGUUCUCAAAGAGAAAACGGAGAACCAUGGUCAAAGAUGAGCUGAUCUCUUGAUACAAACAUGAAAGAUUCCACGUCCAUUUACCUCGUUUAAAUAGCCAUUUCCCGGUGACCUGGAUUAUGGACGGAUAACAACCGACACGAAGAUUGUGUAUAUUUAAUGUACACUCCCUGUUGAGCUACUGUCGGACAUACAUACCCCUUCACACUGCUCCCAACAAAGUGACUCCUCUGUUUAGUAAUAGACGAUCGUUUACGAGACUACACUUCCCAUCAUCCCCGUCGGACGGUGAGCGUAAGGUUCAAACACGCUGUACUUCUUGGGCACGUUGGGUCGGUCCUCCUGUGAUCGCAGCAAGCUGCUGCUGUUUUGCAUAAGGAGCUCCUCAGCUUCUCCUCCGAGGUGUGAGCCACUAUUCCCGGAGUCAUGACGGACCCGGUGGCUGCCGCUUGCGAGCAGCUCGUCAAAGCAGUGACGAUGAUGAUGAACCCCGAGACGAGUCAAGUUUACCGGCUGGAGGCCCUGAAGUUUUGUGAAGAAUUCAAAGAGACAAGCUCACUCUGCGUACCAUGCAGUUUACGACUGGCCGACACGGCUCAGCCAGCUGUGGUGAGACACUUCGGACUGCAGAUUUUGGAGCAUGUAAUCAAGUUCCGGUGGAACAAUAUGCAACUGCAAGAAAAGGUGCAGGUGAAGGAGAGUGCCAUGCAGCUUUUGUCAAAAGGAACUCGUUCAAUCCUGGAGGAGGAGAGCCACAUAAAAGACGUCCUCUCCAGAAUCAUAGUGGAAAUGAUAAAGAGAGAGUGGCCUCAGAACUGGCCAAAUAUGCUGACGGAGAUGGAGACGCUCACCAGCGAAGGGGAGGCACAGACGGAACUAGUGAUGUUGAUCCUGCUCAGGUUGGCAGAGGAUGUCAUCACCUUCCAGACACUGCAGAGCCAACGUCGCCGAGACAUCCAGCAGACGCUGACAAAGAACAUGGACAGCAUCUUCAGCUUCUUGAUGGCAAUUCUGCAAUUGAAUAUUGAGGAAUACCGCAAGCUGAAAGUGUCACCAGAACAUGAACUGAAGGCCAGAGCUCACUGUCGCGUCGCUGUAGCCACGCUGAACACGCUCGCUGGUUAUGUAGACUGGGUGUCUCUCGUCUACAUCACCUCAAGAAACUGUCAUCUGCUGGAGAUGCUGUGUCUGUUGCUGAGUGAGCCUGAGCUGCAGCUGGAAGCAGCCGAGUGUCUGCUCAUUGCCAUCAGUCGGAAGGGCAAACUGGAGGAGAGGAAGCCCUUCAUGCUUCUCUUCAAUGAUGUGGCCAUUCACUACAUCCUGUCUGCUGCCCAGUCGGCAGACGGACUUGCAAUACGUGCACGGCCUUCAGAUUUACAAUCGGUGGAGGUGGUGGAGCGCGGCUACGUCUUUCUGAAACGGCUUUGUCAGGUUCUAUGUGCUAUAGGCAGCCAGCUCUGUUCACUUGUGGGAUCAGAAGUAAAUGUGGAUGUUCCCGCAAAUCUCGGCAAAUACAUGGAAGCCUUGUUAGCUUUCACCACACAUUCCAGUCUGUUUUUAAAGUCGACCACGCUGCCGAUUUGGGGAUCCCUGUUCAGACAUGAAACCCUUUCCAAGGACGCUGGUGUGCUGGAGAUGGCCGUGAAAUACCUCAGAACAUCCAUGACCAACCUCAUCAAGACUGGGUUUCCUACCAAGAACGACAGCCCGAGCUGCCUGUAUUCUCGCCUGGACUUCGACAGCGACGAAGACUUCCAUUCCUUUUUUACCUCUUUCCGUGCCAUGCAGGGGGAGCUGGUGAGGGUCGCCACCAGAAUUGUUCCUCUGCAAGCCUUCCAGAUCACAGCAGAAUGGUUGGAGUACCAGAUAAGGAGCCCGAUCAACACCGGAGACUCACCUGGAGUCCUGUGCACGCUGCUGUCUCCAUCCGUGAUCCAGUGGGACGCGAUGACGGUCUUCAUGGAAUGCAUGGCUUCGCAGAUCAGCAAAACUCUUGAGGAUGACAAGCUUCCCAUUGAAGAGAGCAUGAAGCUACUGGAGGCUGUGCUGAACUAUGAGACCAGCGACCCACUCAUCUUGUCCUGCGUCCUCACCAACGUGUCCUCACUGUUUCCAUUCGUCACUCACAGACCCAACGUCCUGCCUCAGGUCCUCUCCAAACUGUUCAACGCCAUCACAUUUGAGCUUCAUCAGGAAAACAAGGCUCCUCGGACACGAGGGGUGAACAACGUGAGGAGGCACGGAUGCUCCUCCAUCAUCAGAAUUUGCAGGGAUUACCCACAAUUCAUUCUGCCGUCUUUCGACAUGUUCUACUCUCACGUGAAGAAGCUUUUCUCCAGCAACUCCAACCUGACUCACAUGGAGAAAAGUUCCCUGAUGGAAGCUCUGGUGCUCAUCAGCAACGAGUUCAAAAACUUUGACAAGCAGCAGGCUUUUUUGGACGAGCUGAUGGCCUUCGUGGUGACAGAGUGGACGUCGGAGGAGAUGAAGAGGGUGCUUUGGGAUCCUGUCAUUUUCCUCACAUUUGUCGGAGCUGACCAGCUGAUCAACGACCAGAGCAAAGAGGCUGACGUCGCGGGCCCCAAUAGGUCACGGCUGAGCUUCUGCUUGUACGCGCUCUUGGGUGUAGUAAAACGUUCUCGCUGGCCUGCAGAUGCAGAGGAGGCCAAGGCUGGAGGCUUUGUGUUUGGUUACACCCCAACAGGUGACCCCAUUUACAGGAACCCCUGCGCCUCCCUGUUUCUGAUCAUGCUGCCCAACCUCCUGGCUCUGAUCAGGACCCAGAACAGCCUGUUCAUGCCGGAGAACCGGGCCCGUCUGAGUGAGACCUAUGCUCACGCCUACGACAUGAUGGACGGGGAGAAAAAUGUAGUGCUUGGUCUGCCUCAGCCGGUCCUGGACAUAUCGGACUCACCGGUGUACCGAACAAAUCUGGAGCGAAUGCAGGGAUUUUUCCACCAGCUAUACGACAACUGCUUCCAAAUCCUGGGUAACGCAGGUCUUUCCCUGCAGACCCAAUUCUACACCGUGGAGCGUUUGGCUGAGAACAUCGCUGGCUCUGCCUUCUUUUCCCUGGAUCACCUGCCUGAUUACAGACUGCGCUCUAUCAUUCGGUUGUUCCUCAGGCAGGUGGUGCUGUCGUGUCCUCAGGAAUACUACGAAAGUCUUCUCUGUCCACUGCUCAGUCCACUCUUUAUCUACAUGCUGCAGAGUCUCAACGCCAAGUGGCAAGUCAUCAACCAGAGGACUUCGAUCACGGGCGAAGAUGAGGAGGAGGCGGUACUUUGCCAGGAAAGUCAGGUGACGCAGGAGAUGUUGGAGGAGCAUCUGGUCCGGCUACUCACCAGAGAAGUGUUGGAUCUCCUCAUUGUGAGCUGCAUUUCGAAAAAAGUGGCCGAACCAGCUGCAAAUAAAGAGGACAACGAUGAGGACGAGAUGAUGAUGAUGUCGACUCAGUCGGCCCCCGCAGCCCCGCCUACCGAGGAGCUGACAGAGCUGGGGAAAUGCAUGAUGAAAGAGGAGAACAGCUACAUGAACCUGCUGACUCUGUCAUACACCUCGCUGUCGUGGAAGGACACCUCCAACUGUCAACGCACGGCUUCCACAGUCUGCUGGACCCUCCUGCGACAGGUUGUGACCGGGAACCUUCUUGCUGAGGCCGUCACGUGGUUCUACACUUGCGUCCUCAGAGCUCUUCAGGUUCACGGGCAACACGAGGCCUGUAACGCCACCCUCUGUCAUCUGGCCAUGCUGAUCUACGAGAGUCUGCGGCCUCGGUACGUGGAGCUGAGAGCGGUGAUGACCCAGAUCCCCAACAUCAACCUGGACGCUCUGGACAGUUACGAUAAGAAGUUAAUCGAUCCAAAUGUACCAAAGCUGGGAGAGAAAAAGAGGCGGGACCAGUUCAAGAAGCUCAUCGCAGGAACAGUCGGGAAAGCUCUCUGCCAACAGUUCAGGAAGGAGGUUCAUAUCCGGAAUCUUCCGUCGCUCUUUAAGAAGCCGAAGCCAGAGAAGGAUUUACUGGGGACUGAGCCUUUGGGCCUGGAGGCGCUCUUCUCCCCCGGGGACACGUCCUUGUAGGGCCAGAGCAGAGAAGUUCUGAUGGACUGGAAUUGGCGGGAGAAGUAUCACACCCACCAGGGCUUCCCUCUGCCUCCUCCUGCCAACACGAUGGCCACCACACUGCUGCUAAUUUGAAAUGUCUUUCCCUUCUUAGUUAUAUAAUUAAAAAAAAGGGAGUCUGAAAGCUGUCCGUAGAAUGAAGAGACACUUGCCAAACAAAUCGGAUUGUACUCGCAUGAGUAUUUUAAAUCAACGAUCUUUCCAUUUCCAUGAGUGGAUUUUUCAUUUCGGCAACACUACUGUGCCCCAUCAGGAUUUAGCUGGUUUAGAAUGAGUUUGUGGAACACUUGAGGAUUCGCCAUGUGUUUACUUCAAAACAUUUUUUUUUUAAUUUAAGGGAAUAUAAGCUGCCUCCGCUCAACCUCAGGCGUCGCUAGAGUCAACAAUGGCAGCGCUGACAAGCUAUCAGGUUAAAUUCAAGGUCAAGACGCGUCGUUUUUGAGACGUUUGUUUGAGAUUAUGUUGCUGCUGUUACGUGGAAAUGGAGGAGAUAUGUGUUGACUGCGCUUGAAUAAAUCCACAAGCUCUGUAUUUAUCAUGAGCGUUUGUAAAAUGGUAAAUCAUUUUCUAAAUGUUUUUGCAAAUGUUUGCUCUUAUCAGCACAAUUCAUCACUGAUUGAUCAUGAAAGUUUGUGCCAAAGUGUUGGUCCCCAAUCGUCAUGGAGAUUUUGGCAAGUCGCUUGACCAACUGAAAUCUGCAUUAUAAGCUUUCAUUUUAUUUUCCAACACCCGGGUUUCAGUUGUUCCGGCCACGAGGAGGGAAACGGCACUACAUUCCUGUCUUUCCGGGUGAAUUCUUUGUUUUAUUUUAUUUUUCAAGAGUCCGUUGGAUGUGUGUGAGCUUUUAUUGUGAGACA